AUGGCUGCAUAUGAUUCGAAUGAAUUCGAUCUGUCAAAUUGUGGAAAGGCUGUUGUAUUUUUAGAUGAGGACAACAAAUUGAUUAUUUCCAACGCAAAACAGAAGGAAAUUUUUGUAGAUCAAAUUUACAAGGAUAAGGAUACAUUGAAACUUGUGUUGGCGAAUUAUGCUAUUCGAGAACGAUUCAAUUUCAAAAAUGAGAGAUCAAAUUCUAUAAGCUAUACAGUCGUAUGUAUGUCGCCUGAAUGUGAAUGGAAAUUACGAGCGUCAAGUGUUGGAAAAUCUGAACUGUUCAGAGUUAGGUAUUUCCAUGACGAACAUACAUUCCCUUUGAAGGACAAGGUAUAUUCACAGAGGCAAGCAACAAAUGUUUCUUACAUGCUGGCCUGGAGAGCUAGAGAAAAAGCUAUGAAUGAUUUGAGGGAGGAUCCUGCUGCUUCAUACAAUAAAUUGUCGGCAUAUGUGUAUAGCCUAGAUAAAACAUAUCCUGGAUCAUAUGUUAAAAUGCAUAAAUCAUGUGAAAAUGAGUUCCUGUAUUUCUUUGUUGCACUCAAAGCAUUCAUAAAGGGAUUCAAGUGUUGUAGACCAAUAGUGGUAGUGGAUGGUGCACACCUUAAAAGCACGUAUAAUGGUACAUUUGUAUCCGCAAGUACUUUGGAUGGUGCAGGUAAUAUUCUACCACUGGCAUAUGGUUUGAUAGAUUCGGAAAAUGAUAAGUCAUGGACUUGGUUCUUUGAGCAGUUCAAGCAAGCUUAUGGUAUUAGGGAUAACAUGUGUGUCGUAUUCGACAGACACGAAAGCAUAAUUAAAGCGGUCUAUCGGGUGUAUCCUACUGUUCCUCAUUUGGCCUGCAUAUGGCAUUUGUGGAAAAAUGUGACUAAGAAAUACAAGUCGAAUGAUGAAGUAUUGAGUCCUGUGUUUUAUUCACUUGCCAAAGCAUACACACAGGAUGAGUUCGAUAAACUGAUGGAAAAGAUUGAGAAUGUUGAUAUACGAGUAAAGAAAUGUUUGGAUGAUGUUGUAAGGGAGAAAUGGUCUAGGCUAUAUUCACCUGUUAACAAAGGUUGGACGAUGACUUCGAAUAUAGCGGAAUGUAUUAAUGGAAAACUAGUAGCGGCAAGAGAGUUGCCUGUAUUUGAUUUCCUUGAAGAAGUUAGGAGGAUGUUUGGGAGAUGGAAUUGCACAAAUAGGAAAAAUGGUACAUACACAUUCUCAACACUUUCGAGACGAUACCAAGAAAUGCUCUCAACGAACGAGUAUAAAUCGUUACGCAUGAGGGUUGAAGCAUCAACUGAAUAUGUUUAUACGGUUAAUGAUGGACCGCGGCGUUUCAUAAUUGAUUUGAAGAGGAAAACUUGCAGUUGCAGGAUGUUUCAAAUGGACGAAAUACCAUGUUCACAUGCCUGGGCUGUAUUAAAGAGUAAAAAUCUGACGGCUGAUGCAUAUUGCUCAGAAUUAUUCAAGUCAAAUACAGUGGUGAAUACGUAUGAUGUGCUGAUUGAUCCACUUCCCGACGAGAGUGAGCGGAAUGUUCCAACACACAUAUUGGAGGAGGUUGUUCUGCCACCGAGAUACAAGCGACCUCCUGGUAGGCCAAAAAAGAAAAGGGAUAAGCCAUUAAUGGAGCUGAUGAUUGGUAAACGUAGGAAUUCUUGUAGUACAUGUAGACGUCUUGGUCAUAACAUGCGUUCGUGUGGUAAUGAGCCACUUAAGAAGAAGAAAAUAAAUGUCUAG